AUGGGUCGCUAUAGCGGGCAGACCUGUCGGCUCAUCUUCAUGCUGGUGAUCACGGCGAUCUUCUUCGUGGCGGAGAUCGUGGCGGGUUACGCGGGGAACUCUCUGGCUCUGGUGUCGGACUCGUUUAACAUGCUGUCGGACAUGGUGUCUCUGUGUGUGGGACUGGCCUCGGGCAGGCUGUCCCGGAGACCCGCCUCGCCCCGCUCUACGUACGGACUGGCGCGGGCUGAGGUGGUGGGAGCGCUGGCGAACGCUGCUUUCCUGGCCGCGCUGUGCUUCUCUAUAUCGGCCGAGGCGCUGAAGAGGAUGGUCCAGCCUGAGGCGGUGGAUAAGCCCCUCCUAGUCCUGAUCGUCGGAUCUCUCGGACUCGGUGUGAAUAUUGUCGGACUGCUGGUGUUCCAGGACUACAGCUGGUUACCAUGCGGGAAGAAACAGCAAGGAGUCAAAACAACCGACUGCGACGGGACGAUCGUGAUGAACGGAGAAGCAGGCUCCGAACUGACCACUUCUGAACACAAAGAUAAGAAACAGAGUGACGGACCUUCACUUAACAUCAGAGGAGUUUUACUCCAUGUGCUGAAUGAUGCUCUGGGCUCAGUGGUGGUAGUGGUGGCCUCCGUGCUGUUUUACGUGAAACCUCUGCCACCUGAUACCCCCUGUAACUGGCAGUGCUACGUGGACCCCAGCCUUACUCUGGUCAUGAUAGCUAUUAUCAUGUCUUCGGCCGUUCCCCUGGUCAAAGAGACGACUAGAAUUCUGCUGCAGAUGAGCCCUCCUGACAUGGACGCCACCUUGAUCUUGGAGGAGUUAUGUCGGCUACCUGGGGUCCUCAGCGUUCACGAAUUCCACUUAUGGGAGCUGGUCAAGGAUCGGAAUGUUGCCUCCUUGCACGUCAGAGUGACUUCUGACAUUGAACACUCCAAAGACGAAAUCCGACGCCUCCAUUUGCAGAUCAGGCAGGUGUUUCAUCAGAUCAGCGUCCAUAGCGUCACAGUUCAGAUGGAGUUUUGCGAUGAAGAGCUGGAGAAUAGCUACUGUAGCACACCGUGCAUUUCCCGUGACUGUUUAAAAACCUCCUGCUGCCCUGUUGAUUCAAAAACACAGAAACAUACUGACCUCCAUAAAGUCAAAGACUGGCAUUCUUCUGGUGAAGUGGCCGUGGACUUAGCCGAUGGAACGCAGAGCCUGCUAAAUGAGGAGACAAAACAAACUAAAAGCACUAAGUUUUAA